AGUAAUUCCACGCCAGUUACAACACUCCUUUAGUUUGAGAUCACGUCAGUCUCUCCUCCAGCCGGGCAGGUUACACGGUUAUGCACGGUGGCUCUCCUGUCUCUGCUCACAGGUGACUCCCGGGCUGCGAAGACUCGCUCUGCGGGAUCCGAAGAAACACUGGAGGUUUCCCUCAUAGCUCUGGCAUUAAAUUCUAGUCACGUUCAGCGAAAAGGGCAGGAAUUAGAUCACUAUACAGGUCCCUGAGAAGAUCUCCAGUCCUCUCACUUUGCCUCCACGCCUCCCGUACGGCUUCCUAUAUUGUCUUCUUGUCUGUUGCACCGCGCUAAUCUGUUCAAACUUGGGGAGAGCAUGACAGGAGGACUGAAGGACGAUGAAACAGAAGAGAAGUUUCUGCAUUCGCCGUUCAUCCGAAAACAAGGGAACAUAUACAAACCUAACAACAAAGACAUGGACAACGACAGUCUGAACGAGAAAACGAUGGAGGAUGUCCACACCAAAGAGAUCGACUUGGUCAACCGUGACCCAAAGCGCAUAAACGAUGACGUUGUCAAGGUAGAGUUUGAGGAUGUGAUCGCCGAGCCUGCAGGGACCUACAGCUUCGACGGUGUGUGGAAAGCCAGCUUCACCACCUUCACCGUCACCAAGUACUGGUGCUACCGGCUGCUGACGGCGCUGGUCGGCAUCCCCCUGGCACUGAUCUGGGGAAUCUUCUUCGCCAUCCUGUCCUUCAUACACAUCUGGGCUGUGGUGCCGUGCGUCAAGAGCUACCUGAUCGAGAUCCACUGCGUCAGUCGUGUCUACUCCAUCUGCGUGCACACCUUCUGCGACCCGUUGUUUGAAGCCAUGGGCAAGUGCUUCAGCAGCGUCCGAAUCCGCACGACCAAGGAGGUGUAGCAUCCGCAAAGAGGAGGAGGAGUAUUAACGGAAAGAGGGGAGGGAGGAUGGGAGGGCUAGAGCCACACAGAUGGAGGGAAAAGCCAGAACAAAAAAGAAGAAAAAUCAGACCUCGGGAAUAGGAGAGGUGAGCUGUUUCCAGAGCUGGGCGGGGUUUGUUUGGAAGUGAAGGGGUGUGGUCGCAUGGCAUCUGACCCCGCCUUUUUCCACCAGCUGUUUUUUUCUCUCCAGUGUUGGUAUAACCAAACGGGUGGGCACAGGAAAUCAAAGGGUUGGGUUUUGUUGUUGUUUUGUUUGUGUUCUCUAGUUGUUUUUAUUCCUCACUGUUAACUUUGUCAUGCAAGCAACCGAGCUCCAUAUCUCUUUUCUGUUAGUUUUGCCACAUGAUGUAAAUUCCUUCCAUUCUUACCGUUUCUGUGGAGAGCUUAUCACUUUGAGUGAUUCAUGUGAAGAGGGGAUGUCAGGGUGUAUCACUGUCUUCUCUCGUGCUUAUAUGUGUUUGUUUUUUUGGAGCUGUUGGGCAGGGCAGGAUGGUGGGAUGUUGGGGUUGGGAAGGUCAAAGCAGAGAGAAAGAGUGAGCGCUGCCAAAUUCUAUCUGACUCAGCAGAAACAAAACAACCCCACAAGCCGAACAGCCCAGCAACACCCCUCCCUCUGCCCCCCGUGACCUCCAAGCCACCAAAACCAAGCCCCCCUCUUCACCUGGGUUUCCAGCGGUCUGACACACUGAACCUGCCCUCGUUCCUGCAUGCACCUGCGCCGCCUUGCCAGCAAAUCGCCGUCCGCCACCGCCACUCCCGCCACACAGCCUUACGAUGCUGAAAUGACCUGCAUCUCAGCAUCUCAACUCACUCGCUCUGCGCAUCGGCUUCUUACUUCCACUCCACCUUCAUCACCAUCCUCAUAAUUACAUGAGAGUGUGACAGAGAAUGUUAGCAUUAUUCCUUUUUUACUCCAAUGUGGGUUUUCUGACCAACUGAGGCCUUUCAUUUUUCAGUGAAGCUCAAUGCUUUUAAAUGCACAUCACCAUAGUUCCAUAGCGAAUGCUUAUUUUUCUACACUAUGAAUUUGAAGAACUUUGAGGGCUUAACUUUAAUAUCCUAUAUGUACUGUAUGGGUGUUUAUGCUGAAAAUAAAAUUUUACAAGCUAUGGCCUCAUUCCAGUGCACUAAUCUAUGGGAAAGUAUUGUUAGUGAAUAGCACUAAUGAAGAUCUCCUUUCUAUAUUUGCAAAGGUAGUAGAGUACUAGCGGUUACUUUUGCACAGUCUGCACUUAGGAUGUGCAGUUACAAGCUUGAGUGGAGAUUUCUCCUACGCACUGUGGUACUUCCACAGGUUAAUGCAUUGGAAUUAAGACAAUGUGAGGUGGAAUGUGUGAUUGUGGAUGCAUUUUUAUUUGUUAUCUGGUCAGAAUAUUGCACCCUCCCCCUUUUUGUCCUCUUCAUUUAUUUUUUAUUUUUUCCCGACUGUGGACACGAUGCUGAAAAGCAUCAAACUGAUGCCUCCCACCCCAGAGAUGGGUGAAGGGAGAGACGGUCGGGUAGGGUUUCUGGGUUGGGGUGGGGGGAUUGUGUUUUAUUGAGACACUAAGCUUUGACUCCGUCACCUUCAGUCUACCUGCUGUCUUCUCACAGGGAUGGUAAUAUCAUAGCACCUGUUCCUUGAAUUGAGUGUUUUUAAGCUCUAAAGGUGAUAUUUUUAUAAGAAAAUAAUUUUUUCCUUCCUUGCUUUUACUGUACAAUAUCACGCUGUGCACAUUAAAAUUUAAUAUAAUCCA